ACCCACAGGGUACUAUAGAGAGGUUUAGGCUGAAAAUCGCAAUUUUUAGAAUUACCAGCAUCAUAAGAUGGGACUAAGGUUAUUAGUGCUUGCAAUCAUUGGUCUGGGAUCUCUGUACGUAAUGCAUCUACUGGCACAGGAUUUCAUGAAGCUUUCAAAGCCUUUAUUCAUGGCAUCCGGAAAGCGUGAAGCUGUCCUGAUCAAUCGAACGAGUGCACUGAUGAAAUUCGAAAACAAAAUAGAUUGGUCCAGCAUCCUUAAACGAGACCCACUGGAAUGUUCAUUAUCUCUCAUAUGUCAGCUCGCGGCUGGAGCGGAAAAAGAAAAUGACGCAGCCAACGCGAUUUACAAUUUUAUUGAAUACAGCAUAGAAAAUAACAAAAAUGUUUCCAAAAGGAUAGUACAAUCGUUCGAGCGUGGUCUCCAUCUUUACCAAUUUAACGAUGCAGAUUUCAAAAAAUGUUAUCCGUAUUAUCCUUUAUGUAUAUAUUCAGCUAAAACUAUGAUGAAAUUACUAGACGUCCAUGCAAAAAGUUUGGGUGCAUUUUUAGUUUAGCGCUGAACUCCUUUUAUCGUCAGGUACAAGCCUUCUGUACUAGCCGUCGCAUUAAAAUAUCUUAAUAAAUUCACGUUGCUAAAACAAACAUACAAAGGGGGUUAAUGUAAAGCUCAUAUACAAAUAGAUACCCACCCGUAAAAAUACUUAUCCCCAUUGCAUAUACACAGUUUACGGCUAUACGAAUUCUAUGGGACGAUCCCACAAACAAGUUUUGGUUAUAUUGAUUAUGAAUCCUGUAUUUUCCCCAGCGCUACUUGAUACUAUACCAGGAAAUCUACAAUUACACAGCUCAACGCAGGAAAUGCCUUAGCAGACCCGGAUAACAACUGUUUACUAUAUCGCACUAUAGAUAACAAAGCAAAAUCUGCUGUCAGUUUGGUUUAAAUGAUACCUGAAACAAUACCAAAAAGGAGUAUCCACAUUAUUUAGUGCAAAUUCAUAAUUGAGCCAAAGUCUUUCUAUUAUGUCAAAU